CCACUCCACUCGCAGUCACGCACGCUCCCCAUUCCCCCUCACAAACCCUAGCGCCGGAGAGCAGCAGCACCCGGCGCCGCCAGCCGGGGAGGAGCCGAUGCCGCCAGGAGGAGGAGGAGGUGGAGGCGAGCAUGGCUCUACCGUCCGCCGCGGCGACGACGACGCUCCGUCUGAUUCUACGCCGCCGCUCCCCGCCAUUGUCCCGGUGGCUUCCGAGGAUGCGAAGAAGAAGCAGCGGGUGGAGGAGCAGCGGACCGCGCCGAGCCUCCCCGAGGGCGCCAUCGUUGAGAUCCUUUCACGAGUGCCCUACAGGUCCCUCUGCCGCUUCAAGUGCGUGUCCAAGCCAUGGCUCGCCCUCUGCUCCGCCCCGGACAUCCGCAAGAGGUCGCCACAGACCCUCUCCGGCUUCUUCUACCAUGAUGAAGGCGAUGCUCUCAGAUUCUGCAACUUGAAUGGGAGAGGUCCGCCUCUGGUCGACCCAUCUCUCCCUUUCUUGCGCAAAACGUACCGCCACAUUUCUGUCCGACAGGUCUGCGCCGGCCUUCUCCUCUGCAGCUGCUCCAAUUCUUCGCGAGACCAAAGCUUCUGGAACUGGAAUUCUUCGCUAGACGAAAGCUGUUAUGUUGUCUGCAAUCCUGCCACAGAGGAGUGGACUGUGCUGCCUCCUGUUGGAUAUCCAGAAGGCGAUCCAAUCCCUUUCCUAGGUUUCGAUGCUGCUGUUCCAUCCCGCUUUGUGGUGUUUGCGCCCCGGCCCAAUACGUUUAGUGUCGACGGUUCUGCACAAGUGGCAAUCUACUCGUCAGAAACUGGACGGUGGACUCAUCUGCAAAGUGGGUGGUCAACGGAUCCUCUCAUUAGUCAUGGUAGGUACACACAGGUCUUCCUGAAUGGCACAAUCCAUUUGCGUAGCAUUGGUCAUAGAAUAGCCACAGUCGACGCUGAGGGGAAAGUUUGGAGGGUCAUUACAAUGCCAGGCGACUCGUCAAAAAUCUGUGAUGUUGGGCAGUCUCAAGGACGCUUGUAUGCAUGGAAGAUAGAUAAUUCUCAUGACUGCCAACUCUAUAUUUGGGUCCUUGAGGAUUAUGGUACUGGAAAGUGGACCCUACAACACACUAUUAAUGUUUUGGAGCUGUUCGGAAGGAAUCACCGCGAAGAUGGAGAUUCUUAUGCGAUGUUUGCAGUUCAUCCGGAUCGCAACAUGAUCUUUCUUACUGACGAGAAGAACAUGACAUUGUCGUAUGACAUAGAUAAUCUGAAAGUGACUGUUAUCUGCACUGAAGGAAUGAAGGGUCUGCCUUAUACUCCCUGUUUUGCGGAAUUGCCCUCAGCUGGUCAUUGAGAUUCACUGCAGCAUCACGUGUUCAGCAUAUGAGACAACACCUUUUGCGAAAAUUAGUGGUUGCUAUGGAUCUACUCUCCUAAUUUCGUGGCAUUGCGUAGAGAUGUCCGAACUCCUAUAUCUACAGUGUGGUGUUCCUAUCCUAUCUGUUGGUGUUCAGGUUCAUGCCUUUGUUGCUUUGAACAAUCUUUGUUAGCCAAGAUUUUGUAAGAGUAAUAAGUAGUUGUAUGAAUGAACCUAGUCCUUUAAUCUAUUUGCUGUCAUGUAGUACUAAAUUAUUGUGGCCACUCGUUAACUGUUGAUGUGGGAUGAUAAUAUAAGACACUCAGUGAGAGUACAUUAUCUA